AUCAACAAAUUACAAUAUAACAACUCAAGCCUUUUAUAUUUCUAUUAUCUAUUACAUCUUUUGAUUUUUGAUGGUACUUACGCGUUGCAUUGUUAAUUAGGAGGUUGUUUAUCAUUUUGUGAUAUAGUUGCUAAGAACCUUUACUCCAUACUGCCAUUUUGUCAUUCCCUUUUGUUUUUACCUUAUUAAAGUUUGUGACGCCGUCGGAAUGGUCUCAUAAUGACUUCAGAAAACGUUCCAAAGGACCACGACGUGGCAGAGCCAUCUGGCGAAGUCGUGACUAAUUCAUCAAGUGACGCUUCCUACUUGGCAAAUAUAAUUGAACACAUAAUGUAUGAAAUCGGAGUGGAAUCAUUUGAUAACAGAACAUCGCAUAUGCUCGUUGAUAUUUUACAAAGAGAAUCGCUAUCAUUACUAAAGAGUUCCGCUGAACAGAGCGAGAAAAGGAGGUCCACGGAAACUGAGAAGCUUCUCUGCGGAGCGAAACCAACUAACAUUCAAAAAACCAACAUGAACGUAUCGGAAGAAGAUGCGCAGUUGGCGUGUCAGGAAUAUAUGUCAAAACAUGUGAUCCAACACGCCUCUCUCAAUGAUAUAAUUGAAAUGCAAAAGUAUGCUAGUAAUACGAAGUUUGGUGCAAAAAAUUCCAGUUCGUCAGGAUCAAAAUUGAGCAAAAAUGUUCAAGUAUCACAUAAAUCAGACAGUAAUAACAUGGGUUUUUUUCCCACCGGUUCUCCGCCAUAUUUGCCUGAGAGCAUCUCUCUGAACACACUGCUUCCUCAUUGGGAUAUAACCUUAAAGGAUAAAUGA